UAUACUUGAGACAGGAAGCCAAGGUAUUUGAGAGACAAUGGCUUUCACAAAUGGAAGUGACUCAGCAGUCAACAUCAGUUGCAGUGGUAGAGCAGCGAAAGUGUGUGUGAGAUAAGAAACAGUACAGGAGAGACGCAUCGAUAUGAGACAUCAUUCAAUAGCCAUCAAGAAGAAAAGGCAAGAGGGACAAGUCUGAAGCAAGAUAUUUAUAGGGAAUAAGGACAAUAAGGAAUCAGAGACACUUGAGAAGAGCUAAGGACAAGCACCAAUCAUCCUGAGUGAAAUGCAAAUAUGGGGACAAUGCAGUACACAGCAUGGCAUACACUUCUCUGGCUUCUAACUGCAUUUGUUCUUACAACCCAAGAGUUUGUGAAACUAAGUGUGACUCCCAAGAUUACUGCGGAGCGCGACAAAGAGGUUACCCUAAACUGCAACGUGUCCUCAUCACGGCAUGGACUAUCAAUCAAACACAUGAACUGGUCCAAAAACAACAGAUCUUUAUGUUCCGUGGACAAAGAAGGAAAUAUCACACACCACAAACACACUCUAAGCCACUUCCAUUGCGAGUAUAAACACGGAACGCAAUUAUCCCUCAUCUUUAAGAGAGUACAGCCACUGGAGAGCGGAGAAUACAGGUGCAAACUGCAAUCCAACCAGGGAGCUAAGCAUCAAUAUACAAGAGUGGAGUUACAAGAGUGUUGUGGAAUCGUUGAGGGUGUUUGGACUGUUGACCGUGCCACCUGCACCUUCAAAAAGAUCUACCCAGACGGAGAUGUGCACUGGUUUCACGGCUCCCACAAUCUCUCAGAUGGGUCUGUGAGACAACACACUACUAAACAUGUGGACGAAGGGGGUUGGCUGACUAUCCAUAGCUACCUUGAGCAGAACAGUUCAACUGUGCCCUACAACUGUUCCUUGAAGAGCACCACAUCUGGUAGAUACAUUACAAGCACUUUAGUUCAGAAUCCAGAAUCACAGGCCAGAAGCAUAUCCCAGGAACAUACACAUCAGGGCAGGAAUGGAGUUGGAUCACCGGGACCUGUGUGGACAUUUUUGUGUAUUUCGAUUUUACUUGCUGUCACACUGAAAUAAUGACUAUCUCAAAGGAAUUUCACAUAAUGGAGUUUGAUCAGUGGUGAAGCGAUGAUUAACACUGAUAAGGAACAAUGAGGUACUCAGAAUUGUGUAUAUUUUAAAUUCCAGGGAAACAAUGCUCUCAGUUAAGUGAGUCAUCACGCAUGGUACAAAGGUUAAUUAGUCUUGACUGAAGUGAACAAGGAAAUGAAAGACUGCUGAAAGGCUGAUAAUCAUUAAACUGUUUCAUAUAUGCUGUGAGAAUGAACGCUUUCUGCAAGAAAAAUAAAAUCUGUCCAUCUUGAACAGAAGGCAGACAUCAAAAGAUUGGCUCUUCCGCGAAUUCCCCUCGGACACACAGAAGCCUUUGUGCGAAAUAUCAAAUAACAGGACGCAGGAAAUCUCUGUCAUGCAACGUCUCUGUGUGUUGUUUGUGGAUGGAUGCUGCCCUCUGGUGAACUAUAGUCUGAAAUGUGGCUGUGGCUGGAGGGCAAAAUGGAUGAAUUUAAAAGCGUGGUAUACUUCAACAUACAGAAAUUGACCAGGUUUCACAGGAACUAUUUUUUUAGUAGAGUUCGUUCCACGGUUUACAGUAAGGUCUGUGGUCUAUUGGGGCACUUUUUGUGGAAGAAAAUGCUCUGAGCAGCCUCCCUUCAUUUCCAAGCAUGUCAGUUGUAUUGGGGUGGUUGCAGAAAUCUCUGAGAUUAAUAUCUCAAACCUGGGCAAACCAGACCGAAACUAUCUGCAUGGCUACACACCUGAGAUGAAU